AGCUCUCCAGUCAGCCUUCGUAGCCCCUCUUCUCUUUUUCCUUUCCACCCAUCCUCCCUGGCCUCCUCGGAUCCCUUGGCUGGGCGCUGAGGCGGAGGAAGAGGCUGGGGUCGCCACGGCGGAGGUUGUUGCCGCCACCCCCCUGCGGGGGUGGCCGGGGUUCCCGGCUGGGGGGGCACCGUUCCGGGUGAGGCGUCCACCAUGGUGAGGCCCCUGAGCCGCUGCCCCCGCGCCCCCCCGGCCGCCGCUGCCUCCUGCCCCUCGGUGCUGCUGCUGCUGCUCCUCCGCCUGCUCUUGCUCCUCCAUCUCCAGAUCGGAUCGCGGUGAGGGAAAGAUGAGCGAGGAGACGGCGACUUCUGACAACGAUAAUAGUUAUGCACGAGUGCGAGCUGUGGUGAUGACCCGGGAUGACUCAAGUGGUGGAUGGUUACCACUUGGAGGGAGUGGACUAAGCUGCGUCACUGUCUUCAAAGUCCCUCACCAGGAAGAGAAUGGCUGCGCUGACUUUUUUAUCCGUGGAGAGCGACUCAGGGACAAAAUGGUGGUUUUGGAAUGUAUGCUUAAAAAAGACCUCAUUUACAAUAAGGUCACCCCAACAUUUCACCACUGGAAGAUUGAUGAUAAGAAAUUUGGCCUUACCUUUCAAAGUCCUGCUGAUGCUAGGGCUUUUGAUAGAGGCAUUCGAAGAGCUAUAGAGGAUAUUUCUCAAGGAUGCCCAACAUUUAAAAAUGAAGCUGAAGGAGUAGAAGAUGACUUACAAGCAACUGAAGAGGAUACUUCCAGUUCUCUAGUGAAAGAUCAUCUUUUCCAGCAAGAGACAGUUGUUACCAGUGAGCCUUAUAGAAUCUCAAGACCUUCUGCCUUUGAAGGUCUGGAUGCCAGAAGAGUCUACUUACAAAGUCAAGCCAGUCAGAUAACAUUCAGUCAUCCGGGCCUAGACAUUCAGGGCAGAAGUAUAGAAUAUGUACAACGGCAAAUAUCCAAGGAAUGUGGAAGCCUAAAGUCCCAAAAUAGGGUCCCUUUGAAAUCAAUCCGACAUGUCAGCUUUCAAGAUGAGGAUGAGAUUGUCAGGAUAAACCCUCGAGAUAUCUUAAUACGUCGUUAUGCAGACUACAGACAUCCUGACAUGUGGAAAAAUGACUUAGAGAGAGAUGAUACUGAUUCCAGUAUUCAAUUUUCUAAACCAGACAGUAAAAAAUCAGACUAUCUGUACUCUUGUGGGGAUGAGACUAAGUUAAGUUCACUCAAAGACUCUGUGGUAUUUAAGGCACAGCCUUCCUCAUUAAAAUUUAAGAAGUCAAAACGAAGAAAAGAAGAUGGUGAACGUUCCCGCUGCGUAUACUGCCAGGAAAGGUUUAAUCAUGAAGAAAAUGGCAGGGGAAAAUGUCAGGAUGCUCCAGACCCUAUUAAAAGAUGCAUAUAUCAAGUUAGUUGCAUGCUCUGUGCAGAGAGCAUGUUAUAUCAUUGUAUGUCAGACUCAGAGGGAGAUUUUUCUGAUCCCUGUUCAUGUGACACUAGUGAUGACAAGUUCUGCUUACGAUGGUUAGCCCUAGUAGCUUUGUCUUUCAUUGUACCAUGUAUGUGCUGCUAUGUCCCUUUGAGAAUGUGCCAUCGUUGUGGUGAGGCGUGUGGGUGCUGUGGUGGGAAACAUAAAGCUGCUGGAUGAAAGGAUCCAGUGCCAAGAUGAGCUUAAAAUCUUUGUUUCCAGGAAUUAGCUAACUUGGAUUUGUGGAAACUUUUGGCAAGCAAUAUGAAAUCUUGCCUGGUAAUCAUUGGGGCCACACGUGGAGGAAGCAGAACUUGUCAGUUCUUGGCAUUUCACAAAUGCUAGCCAUGCCUAACUUUUUCCCUUGAGUGCAUGGCAUGUUUUGUUACAGGUUGUAAAGAGUAUCUGCAAAAGGAAACUAUUUCUGGUUAUUGGGUAUAAAAAGUGAGCAUAAAAUAUCCAACUAAAAGGGAUUAAUUUUUGGCAUUUUUGUAUAUUUAUGCAUUAGGUGAUGGGACUUUUAAAGGUUUGAAUUCAUUAAGACAUGAACUAAAAGUGCACUAGGGGGCAGUUGAUUUCAAUCUAAGAAAAGUUAACACUUGGGAAUUGUAAGAAGUAAAACAAGUACAACUAAAUCAUUUAUUAGUUGUUUUUUGAAAGCAGUUUUAUGUAUAAAUAACAAAUGUUUAUAUUUAACUAAAUAUAAGGUACGAAUUAUCACAUAUUAAACUUUUCUUCCCCUUCCUAGUUCUGAAGUAGAUGUACAUAUAUCUACUGUCACAUUCCAUUAUAUUUUGAAUAUUUUACUCAUCUAGUUAAUAACGUUUUUAUUCCAUGUGAAUGAUUUGAUAUUUUCAUCCUCAUUUCCCUUGACUACAGUUUAUAUUGAGUUAUAUCUGUACAUUCUGGUAAUCUAAAACCUUUAAAAAUAUUCUAAUAGGCUUGAGUGACCAAUUUUUUUUUAAAGCACAGAUGUAAUUGUCUAAUGUUCUGAUGGGAACGUAACACUUAUUUUUAUAUAAAAAGAGACUGAGUAAACAUUAUAGAAAAAAGUGAGUUUUGGGAUUGUUUUGUUUUGUUGUGGUAUUCAACCAGCAAGUUGUUUUCUUUCAGAGUUUUCCUCCUUCAAAAAAUCAUAUUGCAUUUACAAAUGUCUUACAAGGCAAAAAGUGUAACUGGAUAGUUAAUAUAAAAGUUUCCUCCUGAGAUCUCCACUUAACUCUGCUAAACUAGAAUAUGUUCAGCUGUGUUACUAAUUUUUUAACUUAAUUCUCAUUGCUUAUUAUUUGCAUAAGAGUAACUUUUCCCAGUUGCAUUUUAUUUUAUUUAAACUGGCCUAAAAGCAAAAUUAUUAUAUGUUAAAGUAUAUACUGAACUAUCCCAGGAAAGUAUUUAAUCCAACAUUGUGAAUGAAAUAUCUUGUACAUAUAAUUUUAUUUCUUUUGCAGAGCAUUGUAUUACUGGAUGUUUUAUUUACAAAGUAGUUGGAUAAAUGUUCCAACAAAUUGUUUAAAGUGGUUGGGGUUAAUUUGUCUGGGUUUUUUGGGUUUUGUUUUUGGUGGGGUUUUUUUGUUUGGUUUGGUUUCAUUUCGUUUUUUUGUUUGUUUUUUUGGGUUUUUUUGGUCUUUUUAAGUGUUACAUUAAAACUCUAACAAAGUAAAGGGUUCUUUAAGAACAUUCCCUUAGAGGGAUAGAGUUGAGAAGUGUGCCUUUUUUUUUAAUGGCUUGAAGUUUCAGAAGUGACAGAAAUUAAAAUCACACUACCAUUUGAAGCUCAUUUCUAUGCAGGUUUUAAAAUGUCAUUUAUGUAUCAUUCUUUUUACAUAUCACACUUAGGCUUGUGUUCACUUUCUUCUUUUGCCCCAGAUCAAACUGAACAAUGUAUAUAACACUAUCUGUCUGUAAAAUACUUUUUUUUAAGAAAGCAUUUAUAUUUAUAUGACAGCUUGAACUGACAACAUUGUGUAUAUAGAUCAUCUUGAAGUAUUAUUUCACAUUGAAAAGAAGAAAAAUAUAUUGAUAACUAUAGAUGUUAUGAAGAAGAGGUUAUUUCUAGUUUUGUACUAAAAAUCAAUUGGAUGAACUAAAUCCAAAAUAUGACACUGUAGCAGCCGUUUUAAGACUUAUUUUUACUGUUUAUAUAUUUGAACACUGCUACACCAGAUGAUCUUCAUCCCUGAAGUUUUCAGCUAAACUUGGUUUCCUAGAAUAGACUGUUAACUUUCAAAAUUACUUUUUAUUGGUGAAAUGGAAAUACUCGUUUUCCUUGUGAAUGAAUUUUCAUAUUUGUAAGUGCUGAAUUUAUAAUUCAGGUUUGAGCAAGGUGUGAAUAACUGAAGAAAAUAACUUGCUGGCUAUAUAGGAAAAUGCUGUGGAAAUGAACUGUGUAUAUACUUCUGGGAAGAACAAUUUUAAUCAUUUCUUCUGUUAAGCACUAAUCAGUAUAGUGCAACUCCUGGUUCUGUACUGUAUUUUAUAUGCAACAUAUAUGCUUUAAUAUUUUAAUGUCUGUGCAUUAAUAUUUUCAACUUGUUUAACCACUUUGCUGCUAAGAUUUCGCCAUCCCAUUCCCAUUUUUUCCUUUACCAUUUUAAACAAGUUUCUUCAUUAAAAACUACGGUGAUGAAAUGGUUUUUAUUUCCCCUUGGAUUUUCAUAGUUAACACACUCAGAUUCCAAACUGGUCUAGAAAACUAACGAAAUAUAGUGCUAUCUGAAUCCCUAUGUGGGAAUAUUCUCUUGAGUAAAUUCUCAUUAUGUGGGGGGGGGGGGGGGGGUAAAAAGGAUAGUCCGAGUUUCUCAUUCUUGACGUGUAUCGGUAAGUUCAGGAACAUCUUCUCCUUCUGCCUACAGACCUGGUACUGCCAAAUGGCUUUUCCUCGGAAACCUUUCUCUUUGAAUCUGGUAGUAGAAGCAAAUGGCUUCAUAGAACAACUCAAGUAACAGUAAAUACUGAAAAUGAAAUCAUCUGGAUGGCAUAAUAAGAAAGACUUUGGUCUGAUGGCUUGUUGUGUUCAGAGUUGAUAACUCUUAAAUGAUUUUUCUCCUGCCUUGACAGGAGAAUCCUUUGAUUUUUGAAGAAAUAGGAGAUACGGGACUUCAGCACCACCUACUGGAUGAUUUAUAGACCAGAGACCUGAGGUGGCAAUCAGGAUCUGACAGGGUUCAUCACUACUACCAAUAAAAAAGGGCUAUUUAAGCAGUGGCCACCUCCAAAGGGAGAAAACAAGAGUAAGAAAUAGCUCAAAGGAACUGUAAAUCGAAUCUUUCCUCUAAUGUGUCUGGUUGGUCACUGAAAGAUUUUAAGCACUUUUUUCUUACAUAACCUGUCUUAAAAUAUUUAUUGAUAUUGAGAACUGGCAAUCAAACAUAAUGGAUGUGCCGAAGCAUUUGCAAAACCGAUUCUUUUAACUUGCAAAAGCCAUUACCAAAAUGGUAUUCUAAUUUUCCUCCCAUUACCAGUCAGGGAGAGUUUUUUUAAAGAAAAUAAUGAACGUCACCUGUAUUUCAUCAUGAUAACUUCAGAGAGUGUGUGUAUGUCUCUGGGAUGAUGUUGGGACAGGGGUUAAAGUUUAGGGGGGAAAACUUGAAACUACCUAUUUUCAUUGGUUAUUCAGCAGUGCCUAAAAUGAACUUUUGAAGUAAUAUAAAUGCACUUUCAACUCAUGUGUAUAGUGCCAUCUGAUAUGUUGGGUAAGUCUUUCUUUUUCUUUUUUCUCCCCAACCCCUUGAUUGAAUGCCACAGAGAUGUUUUCUAAUAUCCAUGUAGGUCUUCAAAGUACAGGAAACACAUACUUUUCCUCCAGAUGGGCAAUUCAAAGGCUGUUUCUUUUUUUUUUGAAAUUUACUUAGACUUUGUGAUUACACUUUGGAAUAUAUGUGUAAGUUUGGGUUUUUAAUUUUAGCCCAAAGAUAUAUUAGGCAAGUGUAACAUUUUUCUACAUGUAACUUUGAAAAUUUAUUUACCUAGAAAACAGAUCCUUCACUAAAUAUUCUCAUUCUUAAUUUGACCUCCAGGUUCACAUUUCUAAGGAUAAAGGAAAGCACUAGAAACUUGCAUUGUUGCACUUAAAAAAAAAUUGGUUUUUAAACCAUGGUAAUAAUAGUACCAUCAGGUGUUUUGCAGUGAGUCAAAACAUUAAGAAACCACAACCUGAGGUGAUUUAUAUAAACCAAAAAAAAAAAAAAAAAAACAACCCACAAAAAACAAAAAAGGGCUUUAAGGUAUUAAGGUACUGUUUGCCUAGCAGCCAGGUGGUUAUAAAACUUUCAUAUGCUUUGAUACACUGAUGUUAGCCAUUGUUCCUGAAAGCUCCUUAAAUUGCAUAAGUUGCUAGUUUUGAAACUUCUCAAGAAUAAUCUAGUUGAAAAACCUUUGUAUUAAAGAUACACAUAGAUUUUUGUGAACGUUGCCGGUAUGUAGUGUCAUUGCUUUCUAUUCUUGACCUCAAAAGUGCCUCACUUGUAUAUUACUUCCAUUAAAAGCUUGACUGCAUUCUUUCUAAUAAGCAAUGAAAACUUGUUUAACUCCUGUCAUAAUGUAUCUCCUUAGAUAUAGUUGCUUAGCUUGAUAGUUUGGAUAUAUAAUGUAAAUAUGCAUAUAUAAGUUUGUAACUGUUUUUGUUACAUCAUACCCAUGUAAUUGGACAUAUCAGAUGAUAUCAUAAGAAUUUGUUUUAAUUACCUGAUUAAACCUAUCAUGAAAUACAAAAGGACUUUUUAUUACUCUUCCAGAGGAUAUCAAAGUAUCACAUAAGAGAUCAUAAUUACUCAAAGAGAAAGCAAUAGAAAUGAGCUUUUUUAAAAAAAUCAUUUUUAAGGUAUAUUUUUAACUGAAAACUCAUGUAUAUAGUUCAUCUUAUUGACAUUUAUUCAUCCUUGAUUGUAUCCAGAUUUGUUAUGGUCUGUUACCUAUAAAUAGGUAAACACAGUAAAUAUAAAUAUAUUUAUUGGUUUGGGAACAUGUUACCAUUAAAUCUGGAUGAAAUGAUAAUCUCAGAAUGACAUAUGGGAAAUUUUUAACCCAAAACUACUACUGCUUUAUUGUGUGCCCUACUCGGUUUCAGAGUUUCAUUUGUAAUAUAAACAAAAUACUGAUCUAGAUUAAAAAUUAGGACAGUACUCUACUCAAAAAUCAUAGCUUAUUUCAACACCAGAAUAACUUUUGGAUUACUGUGUUACAGUUGUAUUUGCUUGAAGAAUCAACAAUUAACUGUUUACCAUGAAUUAUGAAGUAUAGUCUCCUGUGCUUAUUUGCAGGUUUUCAGAAAUGUGCUUUACAUUCUUCACAAUCAAGUUAAUAUUCACAAGUAAGUAGAAUAGUUUCUACAUAAGAGAAAUUGAAACUAGGGUUUCUGCUUGGCCGUCAGUAUAGUGCCAUGCACACAGUGGUUCUUAAAGGGGAAAAAAAUGGUAUUAAUAGUAAAACUGAGUCUACUCUUAACUGCUUUAAGAUUGGCAGUUUUAGAGAGAUCUCUUGAAGUACUGGCUCAAAAAUAUAUUCAAAAUAAAAGUCUAACAAAAUCUGAA